UUUCCACCGCUUUCCCUUCGCUGCGCUCCCCUCCACUCGAUCUGGCAAAGCUGUCGUCAGUCAGUGCUGAGUCAAGCCCAGCAAAGUGCCUGUAAUCUGUUGUGCUAGUCUGAGAGGGUACUUGGCAAGCCGAGACAGAGCCAGGGGAGAAAGGGAGCUGAAAGCAGAGAUAGAGCCAGGGGAGAAAGGCAGCUGAAAGCUGGCUGAGCGCUCAGCACCACGUCCACUGGAAAGGGGGGAAGGAGAACCACAAUGUCCAACACCAGCCUAGUUUCCCCAGCUGCGGAGCGCCUGCGCUAUAUCCUGGGGGAGGAAGAUGAGCUGCCUAACCCCACCCUCUUCACAGAGAUGGAUACACUGCAGCACGACGGGGAUGAGCUGGAGUGGAAAGAGUCUGCCAGGUGGGUGAAGUUCGAGGAGAAGGUGGAGGAAGGAGGGGAGAGGUGGAGUAAACCCCACGUCUCCACCCUGUCUCUGCACAGCCUGUUUGAAUUGAGGACCUGUCUACAGACUGGGACAGUCCUGCUGGACCUAGAGGGCUACUCCCUACCACAGAUCAUAGACGAUAUAAUCGAGAAGCAGAUUGAGGACGGGCUGAUCAAGGCUGAGCUCCGGGACAAGAUCAGCUAUGUGUUACUACGAAAACACCGUCACCAGACCAAGAAGCCUAUCCACCGCUCACUGGCUGACAUGGGCAAGUCCGUCUCCACCACCUCCAACCGCAGCCCCAGUCGAAGCCCCAGUGCCAGGGCUAAUCUCCACCGCUCCUCCGAGGACCUGAGAGCGAGGCAGGCUGGUAGUUACGGACGCCUACGUCAAGCUCACAGCCGCAGUAUGAAUGAUAUCUCUGACACCCUGAGCACAGACCAGCUGAAGAACAAGUUCAUGAAAAAGAUCCCUCGCGAUGCUGAGGCCUCCAACGUGCUGAUCGGGGAAGUGGACUUCCUGGACAAACCUUUUGUGGCGUUCGUCAGGCUGGCACAGGCCACCACGCUGGGGGGCCUCACAGAGGUACCUGUGCCCACCAGGUUCUUGUUUGUAUUGCUGGGUCCUAAGGGUAAAGGAAAGUCCUACAAUGAAAUUGGCAGAGCCAUCGCCACAAUCAUGGUUGAUGAUCUGUUCAGUGAUGUGGCCUAUAAAGCGCGGGAUCGUGAUGACCUCAUUGCGGGGAUCGAUGAGUUCCUGGAUGAAGUCAUUGUCCUGCCCCCGGGGGAGUGGGACCCCACCAUCCGUAUCGAGCCCCCCAAGAAGAUCCCCUCCGCCGAAAAGAGGAAGUCGGUGUUCUCUCUGAACGAGGCCGGUCAGGUGAACGGCUCGGCGGGCGGGGGGGGCGGGCCCAGUGAUGACGAGGAGAUGCCAGCACCGCACGAGCUGGGAGAGGAGCUGCAGUGGACUGGGAGGUUCUGUGGAGGUCUAUACCUGGAUAUGAAACGCAAGCUGCACUGGUUCCCCAGCGAUAUCUACGACGGGAUUCACAUCCAGUCCAUCUCUGCCAUCCUCUUCAUCUACCUGGGCUGCAUCACCAACGCCAUCACCUUCGGGGGUCUGCUGGGGGAUGCCACGGACAACUAUCAGGGUGUGAUGGAGAGUUUCAUUGGCACGGCAAUGGCUGGCUCAGUCUUUUGUUUAUUUGCUGGGCAGCCUCUCAUCAUCCUGAGCAGCACAGGACCCAUCCUGAUCUUUGAGAAGCUGCUCUUUGACUUCAGCAAGGGUAAUGAUAUUGACUACAUGGAGUUCAGGCUGUGGAUUGGUCUUCACGCCUGCCUGCAGUGUCUCGUCCUGGUUGCCACGGACGCCAGCUUCAUCAUCAAGUACAUCACGCGCUUCACCGAAGAAGGCUUCUCCACCCUCAUCUCCUUCAUCUUCAUCUACGACGCCAUCAAGAAGAUGAUCGGAGCCUUCAAGUACUACCCAAUCAACUCGGAGUUCAAGCCUGACUACGUGACGGCUUAUAAGUGCGAGUGUGUGGCUCCAGACCCAGUGGCUGCAUCGAUCUUCAAUGGUUCAGCUCCGUUUUCUCCAAACGACACUAAUGUUUCUGUGUACAAUCCUGUCAAUGUCACAGCGCUGGACUGGAGCCAGCUCAGCAAGAAGGAGUGUCUGAAGUACGGAGGCAGUCUGUUGGGUAACACCUGUAAGUACGUGCCUGACCUGGCCCUCAUGUCCUUCAUCCUCUUCUUCGGAACCUACUCCAUGACUGUCACACUCAAGAAGUUCAAGUUCAGCCGCUACUUCCCCACCAAGUUCCGGAACCUCCUCAGUGACUUUGCUAUAGUCUUAUCCAUGCUGAUGUUCUGCGGUCUUGAUUUCUGGAUCGCGCUGGACACCCCGAAACUGCAUGUCCCCUCGGAGCUAAAGCCGACACGCGCAGACCGUGGCUGGAUUGUCCUGCCCUUUGGGAAGAACCCCUGGUGGGUGUACGUGGCCAGCGCCCUGCCCGCCCUCCUCGUCACCAUUCUCAUCUUCAUGGACCAGCAGAUCUCGGCAGUCAUCGUCAACCGCAAAGAGCACAAGCUGAAGAAGGGCUGUGGCUACCACAUGGACCUGUUCUGGGUGGGGCUUCUGAUGGCGGUUUGCUCCUUCAUGGGGCUCCCCUGGUAUGUCGCCGCCACUGUCAUCUCGAUCGCUCACAUCGACAGCCUGAAGAUGGAGACGGAGUCCAGCGCGCCCGGAGAGCAGCCCCAGUUUCUGGGAGUCCGGGAGCAGAGGUUAACUGGGACUAUUGUCUUCAUCCUGACGGGAGUCUCUAUCUUCCUGGCUCCUGUUCUGCAGUACAUCCCCAUGCCAGUGCUGUAUGGAGUCUUCCUCUACAUGGGUGUGGCCUCUCUCAAUGGAAUCCAGUUCUGGGAUCGUUGUAAGCUCUACCUCAUGCCUGCCAAGCACCAGCCGGACUACACCUUCCUCCGUCACGUGCCACUGCGCCGGGUCCACCUCUUCACCGUGGUGCAGAUCGUCUGCCUCACCGUGCUCUGGGUCCUCAAGUCCACCGUGGCAGCCAUCAUCUUCCCCAUCAUGAUCCUGGGCCUGAUCAUCGUUCGUAAGAUGCUUGACUGGGUCUUCUCUCAGCAUGACCUGGCCUGGCUGGAUGAUAUCCUCCCCGAGAAAGACAAAAAGAAGGAGGAGGACAAGAAGAAGAAGAAGAACAAGAAGGGGAGAGGAGAGGAGGGAGGCAGUGAGGACGAGUCUAAGCCCCCCGUCCCCCCGCCUGUAAAGAUCCCAAUGGACACCCUGCCGCCUGACCCUGUCAACAGCUCUCCAUCUCCAGACAGAGAAGGGGCGCCCGUACUCUAACUGUUCUCCCAGCGAGUCGGAGCUGGAUCGCAGCAUCACGCUCCACCUGAAGAUCUCCUGCCCGUCCUCCUCUCCUGCUGUCAGUUACUCUCGGAGCUCCGUGUGCGCCGUGCCCCAG